CGGCCGGCCGCUACACCGCGUGGACGGUUACACGAUGCGCGUGCGGUGAAAACACAAUCGCGAUGCUGUUCGAGAGUCCCAACGCGAAACUGUUCCCGGCUUUCAACAUCCCGCCGCCCGUUCGGCUCAGUGGAGCCCUCGGCGUGGGGGUGGGAGUUGGAGGCGUGGAGGUCCUGGACGGCAGCCUGGUGGGUUCUGAGCUACAUGCUGCUCCCCAUCCAGUCCAUGUGCUUAGUGCCCAGCAUGCGGCAGCUGCCCCACAGCCACAACCACAACCUAUCAAAGCCUCCCCGUCAAGUGGUCGCUCCACACCAGCACCGACACCCACAAACACUGGCACCACCUCCCCAUCGCCGUCAAAGCUCUUUGUUGGCGGCCUCAGCUGGCAGACAAGUUCAGAGAAGCUCAGAGAAUACUUCGCUAUGUUUGGACCUGUCACCGAUGUGCUCAUCAUGAAAGAUCCGGUGACACAGAGGUCGCGCGGCUUCGGCUUCAUCACGUUCCAGGACGCUUCCUCCGUGGAUAAGGUCCUCGCCGUGCCGGUCCACACCCUGGACGGCAAGCGCAUUGACCCUAAGCACGCCACACCGAAAUCAGCGCCUCGGCCCGCGAAGACAAAAAAAAUAUUCGUCGGCGGGGUCGGACAGGACACAUCUGCUGAAGAAGUAAGGGCAUAUUUCUCGCAGUUCGGCCUCGUCGAAGAUGCCGUGAUGCUCAUGGAUCAACAGACUAAACGCCACCGAGGGUUCGGCUUUGUGACCUUCCAUUCAGAAGAGGCAGUGGAACGAGUAUGUGAUAUUCACUUCCAUACAAUUAAAAAUAAGAAGGUGGAGUGUAAGCGCGCUCAGCCGAAGGAAGCGGUCGCGGCCGCCCCGUUGGCGUUGGGUAAGCGAUUGGUCUUACGCCCUGGAAGGGGGCUGGUUUACGCCACAGCGGGGGGAGUCGGGCCGGUGCCUACUGUAGGGGCAGCUCACGCGUACAGAUAUGCUCCUUAUGCUUUACCAACUGCGGCGACUGCGGCCACGGCACUGGUUGCCCCGCCCGCCCCCGCUCCGGCGCCAACCUUACCCCAAUUCGGAGCUGCGUAUUCCCUGGCGGGCGUCGACAUGUCUUCUUUCCAAGGAGUCGACUGGGGAGCCAUGUACGGCCUUCCGAUGUAUAUCUAAAAUUUUCAUUUUGACAGCAAUAAAUAACCCCACCCGCCUAAAGGUUAGAGAAAGUUAGGUUGUAACUGCGGACGCAGCUUUUUUUCUUAUAAUAGUUCCUAUACUUUUUUUAGUUAAGAAUUUCUUGCCUCGAAGUGGCCACAAGCGGGAAUUAUCAGUAUUCAUUACUAAAAAGAAAUUUAAUAUAAGGUUGGCUCAUUAAAGUGUUAGGUUAAGUCAAUUUUUAAAAGCAAUACUUUGAACUUACGGGACUUAAUCAAAGAAUACGCAUUUCAUUUUUUUUUUGUUAAGAUUAUUAAGAAGGAUCUCAGAUAAUUUAGUUUUGAAAAAAAAAAGAAUUUUCUUAUUUACUCUCGUAGUUAGUGCACGUUUGGCAAUAUAUAAAAACAAUAUUAUUAUAUACAUUAAUAUACAUAAUCUUAAGAAGUGUAUAAGUAUAUAACGAAUCUCAUUGGCCGUACUUGUAUUUUUUUUUAUUAAAAAUAAAUUAUAGGCUAUUGCUGUGUGACGUGUGGCGCGACGCCAUCUUGUUUAUUCUUUAAAACUUCAAAUGGCCAAACGUUUCCCGCCAAUAUCAGUAUUAGAAAUUUGUGCCAUUCUUUUAUAUAAAAAAAUGUGCCAAAACGCGUUUUUUUUGAAACCAGUUAUGAGUAAGCAUGCUCAAUAAUUUACUAAAAUAAAGUUUGAUUUUUAUAAAAAGCUUCUACAUUUUACCCCUAAUGUAAUGCUCUGUACAAAAGGAAGUCACAAAAAAUUGUUCUCAAUACGUCAUACGAGUCCAGCUGUCAUAUUUAUUAAAACAUUUGGCGCAGGCGCCAAUGCGUUUUCAAAUUUCCCUGUAGCGUUUAGCAUGGGCUCAAAAUUUUAAUUAACCUUGCCCAAGCUGUCAUUUGCUCUAAAAAAUUAAGUUAUCCCUACAAGCGUGAGCAUAACCAUUGCGCACACUAUUGUCAUAGUGGCGCCAUAGUUGGUAGAUAUGAAGAACUCAACGAUGAAUUUCUGUCUCUGGACCACUAUAAAUCCGGUGUAAGAAGAGCCCUCAAUGGUUAUACUGUUUGUGUGUGGUAAUGGGUUCAUGUUAUGGUCGAAUGUUGAAAAGUGAGUCUAAGGUUGCUCCAUGAAAUUGCCGAUUGAAGAACAUUAAAACUCAACUUUUCCCCCCAAACACCAUCGUAACUUGAACCUUUGUUCACACAUCAAGACAAGACCACUAACAGCCUUUUUGCACAAGUUUAGUGGUCCAAAAACGGCACGGCAAUGCGGGUCGUAAUACUUCAAAACGCAUUGCUCUUCUAGUUCCGCUAUGGUCAGAUAAAAAAGAAUUGCACUAUUGGAAAGUGUGGUUACAUGAAAUCACGUCAAUUAAACUUUGGAGGCGCAAUUUGCGUCAGCGUCAUAACGUCACACGGCCACCCAUCGCAAUACUCUUCAUACAUAUCUCCAGAAGCAAUCUCACUACAUUAUUAUAAUAUUAUGUAUGGAUUUAUUUACGUAGCUAUUUUUAGUAUUACACUGUGUGGUAGUGGUUUUUUAAAGUUUUUUCGUGUACCCCUACUAUUAAUAUUAAAACGUGAUAAGCAUUCUUGUUACAUGUCUUUAAAACCAAUUUUGACAGGUCUUCAAUGGUUGUUAACUGAAAUUCUACAAAGGACCUCUUUUAAUAUUGUCAAAAUUGGUUUUUUUAUUGGGGUAAAAUUUGCAUUAAAAUUUGUCAAAUUACCCCUUGGUAAAAUAUUGUGGUAAACAUGGCAGACUUCUCCCAGUCUAGUAUUAAGAAUCCACUACCCCAGUUUAGCGUAUUUGACUAUAGAUUAGUUAAAGGGAAUGCUAACUAACACACAGAGUGUCACGUGACAAUAAGCUAAGUAUUUAAGCCGCUGUAGAUUGUGAUUGCGCCUGACUUUGCCUGGACUUAACCCCCCAUUUUGUCGUACUUACCCUUAUCUGUCUUCGAGUUUUUUAACAUUUGUCUAGUUAGUAAAAAAUCCCUCAUUAUCUUAGUUUAGUACGUACUGUACAAUUUAAUGUUCUGAGAUUAUACAUAUUUACUUCAAGCGCGACGUUCGCUACCAUCAAAGAUAAUCAAAAUUGGCCUCACGCCAUGGCCACUAGUAGCCAGGUACACACGCAACUAAAGCGAACGCAACUAAACAUGAAGAUCACGGCAUGAUGUCGUUGCCUACUUGUAGCUGUGGCGUAUGGUUUGUGCACAGCAACACCUACAUUUCAAUGCUGCAAAAAUUUUAAAAAUAUCAUUUUUUUAUACUCACUCGUUUAUAAAAAGUUUUAAACAUGGAAAAGAAAUAGUUAGAAUUUGUACACUGGGCGUCGUGCUUUUUGCACUGACAAGUUGUUGCGAAUAUUUCUUAACUAAUUUUAACAUAGUUUUUGAUAUUACCUUUUAAACUAAUAAAGUAGUAAAGGGUGAUUUGGUUGUCAAAAUGCGCGCGAUAUUAAUUUGACUGCGUUUGCCUUAUACGUUCUAUAUUUAGGACAACGUAGUCUCGCAUACUUCUUUGGUCGUCCAUUUUAUUAUACUUUAAAAAAUAAUAUUUAAAAUACUCAAGUUAUAUCUGGAUUAAGAUUUCAUUUAAUGUUUUGUUCAAAAAAAUUGGUCUUGUACAAUUCUUUUUGGAGGCACUUGAGCUUUUAUUUGGCGGACAUGUGGACUUAUUUAUAACUUUAUGAACCUGAGGCUCAUUCUACUUAAAAUUUCAAGUAAACUAAGUACUUAAUCUCAAGUAGCGUUAAGCAUCAUUCGAAAAGCAAUAUUUAAAAUUAAACAACUUAAAAUUUAAAAAAUUCUGUGAUUACUAAAGUAUUAUUAUAAAAGACGAUAGAGGUUGUGUUUGUGCAAUUCCUAGAUUUAAACGUGGACCUAGUUCACCUAUAUUUAUACCUGUAUCUUAAAAUAAUAUCCUCAAAUUUGAUUUUUUUAAAUACAGGUUUUUAAGUACUUAAAAAUAUCUCAAAAUUAUCGCUGUACUUAAAUAAAUACCCUUAAAUUUAAAUCUUAAAGUUAUCAUAAAUUUAAUUAACGUCACGGGUCACCGACAUGUUCAUUUCAUUUUGAUGAUUUUGUAAGAGAAAUGAAAGCUUGGUAAAAUUUGACGUUAGCGGCAUCAUCGAAUGUACCGAUGGGGCUAUAAUACUUUUAAAAAAGAAGAGGCUUGGAAAGAGACAACUAAAAUCUGUUUAAUUUAAAUUUUGACACGUUUUUUUAUACAGCUUAGACAAAAACCACAGACAAUAUAGGUGCAAAUAAUAAGACUACGGUCCAUAAUAAAUAGUGUCUGUGUUCGCACUACACGUCGAAACGAGCACUUUUUAUUUUUUUGAACUUCGAACUUCGUAUUUUAAAUUUAAAGAUUGAAUUCUGAAAUGCCCUAUUUCCCGACGUCAUCAUUAUAUUAUUUCGGUACUCCAGGCAAAGGCAGGCGAAGUAGAAGGCGAAUGCAUGCGGUAGCUUAGUCGGCUACAUUCCCCCGCCGGCCGACUCACAACUGUAACCCUUGCGUGUUGAUUUUUUCAUUAAUUUUAUGUACCAUAGAUAAUAUUUUUAUUUUGUACAAUAUGUACUUAGUUUUUUUCUGUUAUAUGUUUAAUAUAUUUUUUUUGUAUUAGUAAGUAGUUGUUCGUUCCCAGUGAUGUUUUUAAUAACAAUUUUCUUUAAACAAUAUUUUUUGGGGUUAAGUUUUACUCUGGAUUAAGCACAUGUACUAGAAAUUUCGUAUUAUAUUAAAAGGGUACAGUUACAUUUGAACUCGAGAGUACAAUUUAUCCCCGCUUAAAACAGUAUUUUCUAACCUCCUGUAUAUUAUUUUUUACACUUAUAGAUUUACUGUCUCUUUCUAAAUUUCAACACGCGAGGGCUACCGAUUGCUAUAUCACAUGUUCACCUAUCCUUAUAUAGCAGUAUUGUUAGUGUAAGUAGGUUUAGACCGCUGAGAUUAACGGCUAACGUCGUAUGUGCACCUCAAAAAUUAUUUUUUAAUAAUAUCCUCAAUUUUUCUUUACCUUACCCUCAAUUUGUUUAUUAUAAAAGACAGAUUGGAGAAGAUAUUUAUAAAAUUAGUAAUUCUGCA